CGCCGGGCACAGUGCCAACGCGAAGUGACGCGAGCAGCCAUGUUGCACGCGAGCAGAGGCGCGGCCGCCGCCGCCAGCAGGCGGCUCGACCUGUCGGGGAUCAUGCCGCCCAUCCCCACACCCUUCAACCGCGACGAGAGCAUCGCCAUGGACAAGCUGGCGGACAACAUGCGCGCGUGGAACGCCUGGCCGCUAGCAGGUUAUGUGGUGCAGGGCUCAAAUGGAGAAUACCCUCUUAUGGGUACCGAGGAAAGAAUUGAAAUGGUGCGGCAAGUGCGUAAGUUCACCCCUAACGGCAAGCUGGUGAUCGCUGGAUCUUCAUGCGAGUCUACUCAGAUGACUAUCGACAUGUCGAAUAAGAUGGCCGACGCUGGCGCAGACGCCGUGAUGGUCAUUUCUCCCAGUUACUUCAAGAGCAGCAUGACGCCACAAGCACUGAAGAAACAUUUUUUGCAUGUAGCCGAAGGAAGUCGUGUACCUGUAAUACUGUACAAUAUGCCAGCUAACACUGGAAUAGAUAUGGGUGCACCUCUAAUAACCGAGUUGGCUCAACACCCAAAUAUAAUCGGAAUGAAAGAGAGCGGUGGUGAUAUAACGAAGAUAGCCCGUGUAGUGCAUGAAACAAAGAACAUCGAUUUCCAGGUCAUUGCUGGAUCCACUAGUUUCCUACUACCUUCGUUACUAGUCGGGGCUGUUGGAGGAAUAAACGGACUGGCCAACAUGUUGGGCAACGAGGUGUGUGAGAUAUACAGACUGGCUUCUGAAGGGAAGUAUAAAGAAGCAACAGAACUUCACGGAAGAAUUCAAGCUCCCAAUGCCUUGGUGACACGUGAGUUCGGGGUACCAGCUAUGAAAGAAGCAAUGGACAUGUUUGGGCUGUACGGAGGCCCGUGCCGUCGACCGUUGCAGCCUUUGACAGAUGAUCAAAGGAUACAACUCAGAGAAACAUUUAAGAAGUCUGGUUUCAUACCGGUCAAAUAACUGUAAUAACAGUACACAUUAAGGACGUUUCUCGCCUCUUUUCUCGCCAUUCCAUGCAAAGAUAUUCCUUGAGCUGACUGAAUAACGUCAGAAGGAUGAAACAAGGAAACCGAUCCACGCUUCUGUAAAUAAAUAAAAAUUUAGAAAAAGCUA